AUGGAAGGAGACAGGAACUCUGAAGACACCAUCACUGAUUUGGAUGCCAUAGUGAAGAGUUGGGCAAAGGAAAAGUGGGAAAAUGCUUUAAAGAUCAGCGAUAGACUAGAGCGGUAUAAGGGAAAAGAUAUGAUAAUAGUGCCUCAUUUUGAUAAAACCAUUAUCGAAAAACAGGGAGAAACUAUAUUCACACAAAUCACCAAUCAGCCUGAGGAAGCAGGAAAAUCUAUACCAAAUAAAAUGAGUCAAUGUGUGUUUGAAUCGACAUUCAACAACUACACAGGUGAAAGUCAGAAGCAUGCUUUUAAGUGCGAACGCUCCACUUUAAUCACUGAGGAUAUCACCAUUACAACCGGUUUCAAGAAAGGAGGUACGACAGCAUCAUUUCAAGUAGGAAUUCCAAAAAUUUUGAAUACAAAAAUUGGCGGACAAUUGGCUAAAGACAAAUCUUCUGUAAACUCUACUAAAACAAGUAAGGCGCGAACUUUGACCUGGUCUACAGACAGUCAAAUCCCCGUGCCUGCGCAAAAUCAAGUCACUGCUGUAAUGGAAAUUCUUGAAGAAGAAUAUAAGGGCAAUUUCGAGGCAAAAGUUCAUGUAAGUGGUUUGAUGGAGGUUGAAAUCAUAGAUCCGGAUAGUUGGGAAAAAGCCUACAUUGCUAGAGGAGAUUUAGUCGAGAUAAUCAAUUUGUCAAACAAACGAAAGCCUGGUGACUUAAAGUUCAUAAACGGGCAGUCGGUCUGGACUGUCAAGGGCAAGUGCGACUACCGCUACGGCGCAAAACAAAUAAUCAACACAAGCUGUUCUGCUAUUGGCAAGGAAAAGUGCGAUGAUAUUAACAAGAAAAGUGAAAAAAAAGGUGAAAAUUCAACGUCACAACAAUAA